UGUGGUCAUUCUGUGUCAAGCAGUGUCGCAGAUAACAACUUGUAAUUCACCAUGCUUCCAGUUUGCCCGUCUAAAGUCAUUUUGAUGAUGAUGGUAGUCAUCACCUGUUCGGCUCUACAAAACGAAGCUUCUGAAAGAAUGGUCCGUCCAGGAUAUCCGGGUAUGCAGUAUGGAAACAACUACUACGGUGGCAGCAACAACAACGGUGUCUAUUACAAUCAAGGUGCCAUCAGCCCAUUUCCUCUGUUUCUGGACUCCUCCUGCAGAAGGUACAACUGCGUUUCGAAGCCAGGAAUGCGAACUGGUAGCUGCGACAUGACUUGCAGUCCAGACAGGACCACCCCACAGUGCCCAGUAAUCAACUGCGUCUCAGCUUCGGCCGGUACUUGCGGAAACAUGCGGUGCGAAGUCGUCACAUAUUCACACGUGCUCUAUUAGUCUUCAAUAGUUCAGUUGCUAUUGUUGUGAAGCCUCCAGUCAAAGUCGAUAAUAAAUCUAUUAUUUCAUCUA